AUUAAUGUCAAAUUAAGCUCGUAUUUUCCAACGCUACAAAGAAAGAGGAAUUUCGGGCUGUUUUCCCCUUUUUUGGGGGGGCUUUUAAGGUAAAAUUGACUUCUCGUCCAGCUGGAUAUGUGGUGAUUUACGCAGUCGUCGAUCCAAUGUUGUUAUAGAGCAGUAUCGAUGAUGCAUUGGGCCUUACUGACCUUCGCAGUGACUAUUGUUACAAUUGAAAUCACAGAUGCCAAGCCCUACAUUAGGGACAGAAAGUAUACAGAAAAUCCUGGCAAAGGGGCUUGUGCAAAUAAUCGGUAUAGAUGUGAAGGAGGUAAUAAGUGCAUACCGUUGAAAUGGAUCUGCGAUGGAGUUCAUGACUGUGACGAUAAACUUGAUGAGCGUAAUUGCUUUACCGGAAACGAAACCAGCAUUCCUGCCUACAUUAAUGCCAGGGAAAUCGGUGAAGCUCAAGAUAUUAUAGAUGGCACCAGCAGAUCCGGAAUCAGCGGAUGCCCGAGAAGUACGUACUCGUGUGAUGAAGGUCAAAAAUGUCUUCUAAUGAGUUCGUUGUGUGAUGACAUGAGCGAUUGCCAUGAUGGCACAGACGAGAAAAACUGUCCUCUGAAACCAGCAUGCGAGUCAAGUAAACUAUCCUGUGACGAGGGAGAGAAAUGCCUACCGCUGACCUGGGUGUGCGACAGCAUAAGCGAUUGCAACGACUACAAAGAUGAGCAUAACUGUCCAAAUAAGAUGACUGGGAAAUCUCUUGCGCAUGCCGCCGAGGAAGCUGCAAUGACCGCUGCCCAGGAAGCAAAACGAGCCGCAGCAGCAGCCGAGGACAUGAUGCUGCUGGCCCGAAGAGCCGCUGAAAAAGCCAGUCGGGCCUUAAAAAUAGCGGAAGAUUAUGGAGCAAAAAAGCCAUAAACAUGUGAACAGACAUUACGUCCAUUUCUGAAACGUCACAGAGCUUUUGUAACGGGGAAGCAUUACGUCUCUCACCGCAUGUACAAUGUAAAAUACAACGAACUCGCAAUAUAUCAAUGGAGAGAUCAUGUGAAUAAAAUAAACAAUUUCUCUUUUAUUUUUA